AUGUUGGCUCUCGCGUGUGUUCAUCUUGUGCGAAAGGCAGCUUCGCAUCCAGCUUGGGCUCUUCACAUUGUGAGAUGGCUCUACCUGGGUCGUUCGUCCAGUCGGAAGGUGCGAUUCGAGCAGAACUGUGUGAACCGAACCACGUUGCCGCUAGGAAUGGGUCGCUUCUUGGGUUCGAGGCGUCCAUUGCACGUGCUGCAAGUGCGACCACUGUCCAGUUCUGCUCAAAUGACGCAGAUCGUUGUUGCUGUCGAGACGAUUAGUCCAGUGUCGACCACUGCGCAGGCAGGUAACAAUCGCGCAAAGGAAGUUGGCGAUGCCGUCCAUCAAGCAGCCAAAGCGGCUCAAAGUGUACUGGACGACUUGCUAGAUGAACUCGAGGGAUCAAGCGCUGGCAGAGGAAAUCAAGAGAGUGACGACGACCACCUUGCAGAUCUGAUACACUCAAGCUCUUUCCGAGACGCUCUGGUCCGUCAGUUUGGUCGUGCGAAUCUGUUCGACGGAGCGUUGUCCUUCAGUAUGGUGAACGUGUCGAUGGUCGAACCUCCCUUCACCUCAACUCGAGCGGUGGCGUGUCCUCCAGGAACGUUCUUCUCGGUCAUUGACAAUGAACGAGUGUGUCUGCCGUGCGUCAUCGGGUCGUAUUCGCGUUCGAGUGGCGCGUUGCAAUGUGAUCCGUGUCCAAGACGCACCUUUUCGUCAGAAAAAGGACUGGACAAGUGCAAACCGUGUCCACUCGGCUCUGACGCUCCGUCUGGUGCUUCGUCCUGCGUCGACUGCUCGUGGUUCACGUACGAGUGCGAAGGUUUCUGGAAAGACUUGAUCGUUGCCGUGUGCGUUGGUGCAGCGCUAUUGCGUCGACUCUACCAGAAGAUACAGAAGCUGUGCGCGGGUGACCAAGCUGCGCAACAGCAAGACGAGAGCGUGGCGUUGAUGACAGCCGUGCGAACUCAUGGUCGCACCUUCGACGGUGUGCGGUAUGCGCCGAUGUGCUUGAAGUUUCCCCGUAUAUCAGGGCUCAAGCAUGUCGGAACGUUCUUGCGCAAGUUGCACCUUGCCCCCAUCAACUUAAUGAUCAAAAGCGUCGCAGAGAAGCUUUCGAGACCCCCUCCUUCCUUCAGUUCCACUUAUUCCAGUCGGCAAAUUGGUACGAGGAGCGGAAUGUUAGGCACACAGGCCCCAGGCGCUGGCAACUGGGGGAAUUCGUUUGGCCAGCGCACAGACAUGGACAGCGUGCCGCUCUUUGAGCGCGAGCACCGCAACGACAGCCAAUUGGUGCAGAGACUGCAGAACGAACUGGCGGACGCCAAGCGCUUCGUGGAGGCGCAAGCGCGGCGCCAGAACGACCUCGAGUACGUGAACGAGGAUCUGGAGCGUCGUCUCGAACAGGAGGCACUUGAUCGCAUCACACUCGACGCACAAAAGGCGGAGGAUGAAAAACGAUGGCAACAAGAGAAGGCAGAACUGCAAGAACAACUCAAGUCUUGGGAAGCGCGUUUCGACGAGGAGACGCGACGUCGCUCCAUGGCCGAAGAGCGGCUCCGUCGCGCUGAGAAGGAGCUGUACCGUAUGCACCAGAAGAAAUAUGACAUUGAAAAGCAAGUCCGCCGCGAAGAGAACGAGAAACGCAAACAUGAAGCCGUCAUUGUGCGUAGUCUGCAGUCAGACUCCCAGCGCGCUCAGCAGAACGCAGCCAAUGGCUUCCUGGACCCCACUGUGAACCCCAAGGACGCCAAACCAGCGACAGUUCGUACGCGACAAGCACUGUCUUCUGCCAUGGACUUUUUGGGCGUCUGAAAGGGAAAACACCAGAUACUGCAGCGAAUUUCUUGCAGCCUGGCAAAUUGGGCUCUUGCCUUGAAACUGGAACACUUUGGUCAGAAUGACUAUCGAUGACAAACGCUCUGGCCGAGUCUCUUCGACGGACUGCAGGCUGGUUGGCGGUGCAGCAACUGCCGUGAAUGGAGGGAGGACAAGGAGAGAAAGAGAAGCUUGCGACGUGUUGAGGAGCGCGUCGCGACCUUGCUCUUGGUGGCGCGUGUAUCAUAUGAGCAGGACGAGAUGGGGGUAGCUAGCCACUUGCAUAUAACUUUGCGUUUUGCCUUUCAG